AUUAAGAAACUACAGCAAGAUGUCCUUCCAAAUGUUAAGGAUGAAAUUAAGAAACUACAACAUGUCAUUCCUCGAAAUGUUAAGGAUCUUCACGAAGUACAAUUAAUGCAAUGGAGCGUAGAAGAUGACGUUUACAGUGAAACUCACACUUUCCAGGAAAUGCUGAACAAAGUCAGGGGACAACCUUAUAUGACAUUUGUUGGAGUCCCAGGGUCCGGAAAAUCGGCAACGAUUCAUCACAUAUCCCUGAUACUCCAGGGGGAAGGUUACGAAAUUAUACCUAUAAUUGAUAUAAGGAAGAUAGAAAAUUAUAUUGACUCAAAUAAUCAUCAGGUAUUUGUUAUCGAUGAUGUGGUAGGUGUGUUGGGUCUUCAAAAACAAAAGUUAGAGACAUUAGUAGACUAUGAAAAAAUUGUUUCAGAUCCCUCAAGACGUACAAAAGUACUAAUGUCAUGCAGGGAAGCAGUGUUUAAUGAAUGUUACGAAUCGUUUUUCACAAAUGAGGAAAAUAUAAUCAAACUGUGUAGUUCAGAAAAUGCAUUGACUGGUGAUGACAAAAAAGCUAUUCUUCAGAAGCACGGCUUGAAUAAAGAUUUAUUGUCCCCUACCUUACUGGGAGAAGCCUCGGCUAUGUUUCCUCUAUUGUGUAAACUUUACUCAAGAGAGGAGAAAUUUAGGAACAACAUUGAAAGGUUCUUUACCUGUCCAGCUAGAAUGCAUUUUAAAAGAAUUAGAUAAAAUGCAAAAACAAAAUAGAUUACAGUAUGCUACGUUGGUCUUAUGCCUGUUAAAUGACAACAAAUUAUCAAACGAAAUUUUAAAAGACACAGAAAAUAAAAUUUUCUGUGAAAUGAAAUCAAACGCAUUAGAAAUCUGUAAAGUUAAGAGUUAUACCGACGUUUUUGAAUUUGUUGAUGCAUUAUCAGUAAUGGAGGGGACAUACACAAAACAAUGUGGUACUGAAUACACAUUUAUUCAUGACUCUAUGUUUGAAAUCAUUGCUUAUCAUUUUGGUUCUCAGUUCCCAAAGCUAAUGUUCAAAUUCAUGAGUAGCAAUUAUAUUGCUAACUCUGUGAAGCUUCAAAAAAAUGAAAUGCUUAAAUUAAAGAAUGAAAAUGAACAAGCAGGUGAAAAUGGCCCAAUCAAUAGUGAGAGUAAAAAUGAAAAAAACAUUGCUUGUGAAAGCCCACAAAAAGGGGGAAACGAGGUUUUGAGUGCUGAAAACAGUAACAGAAUGGAGGCAUUUGAUCUCUGUAUAAGGAUAGGGGAGGAUCAGUACUCAAUGUUAGCAGAGCGUUUGUACAAAGAUAUAGAAAAUAUGGAACUGUAUGAUGUUUUUAUGAAUGAUAUUUUAAAACAUCCUCAGGUAUGUCAGGCUUUUAUUGAUGUGUUAAAGACAAGCCUUACUCAGAAUUGAAGUCUUUAUUUCUGUCAGAACAGAAAGAUGUGUCUAAGGUAGUGAGUAAAGGAAAGCGUGUGAGAGAGGAGAUUGAGAAGAGGGAUGAGAGGAGCAGGGAAUGGCACAGACAGAGUGUGUUGGUGA